AUGUCUACAGUACACAUCAAGGGACCACUCGGCGAGCUUUCGAUGAACAUACCCCCAUAUGUCAACAUCAACCAGGAUCCGGCAUUGGGUGGACCAACGUUGACGAUAGACGACACGAGAGAUGCGAAACAAAAGGCAAUGUGGGGCACCACCCGCGCAUACCUGCAAAACCAUAUCCUCGGCGUUAGUGAAGGACACAGCGCUAUUCUCCGCUUUGUCGGUGUCGGUUACCGUGCUUCAGUCGAAGAUACCGCAACCACCGUAGAAUCCGAAUUUCCUGGCCAGAAGUUCGUCAACUUGAAGGUCGGAUACACUCACCCAGUCGAACUGGCCAUACCAAAGGGCGUAACCGCAAGUACACCGCAACCGACACGUCUGCUGUUGGAGGGGCCAGAGAAGGAGGUGGUCAUGCAGUUUGCGGCGAAGAUAAGGGCCUGGAGGGUACCAGAACCAUACAAGGGCAAGGGUGUCUUUGUCAAUGGAGAGACCAUCAAGAUUAAGAACAAGAGAGUGGGCGGCAAAUGA